GUCUUUGUUAGUAGUGGGAAGAAAAUGGCAAAAGCAUUGUCGUAAGAUAUAUUUCCUGAAUUAGUAGAGCCCUCCGUAAAUCCUCCACUUCUCGCUCUCUUAUCCUUUUCUCUCCAUCCUUUUUUCGAAAGGGAAAGGACGAUUCGAUCUCAAGCAAGAAAUUCAAGAAUUCCUUAGAUGUCUUCAGAGAAGGUGCAUGUUGAGCACUGUAAAGGCGUCAAUGGCCUCGAUAAGGUCAUCUUAAGGGAGAUUCGCGGUUGCUCUGCUGAGGUAUAUCUUUAUGGAGGCCAAGUCACUUCUUGGAAGAAUGAACUCGGGGAAGAAUUGCUUUUCCUUAGUAGUAAGGCUACUUUUAGGCCUCCUAGAGCUAUUCGUGGAGGUAUACCAAUCUGUUUUCCUCAAUUCGGAAAUAUUGGUUCUCUUGAGCAACAUGGAUUUGCAAGGAAUCGAGCUUGGAGUGUUGAUCCUAAUCCCCCACCAUUUCCAUCAAAUAUUUCUCACAGGACCUUCAUCGAUUUAAUCCUCAGGCACUCUGAAGAAGACGUGAAGAUCUGGCCUCACAGGUAUGAGUGUCGGUUAAGGGUAGCCCUGGGACCUGGAGGUGAUUUGAUGUUGACAUCUCGCAUCCGAAAUACAAACUCUGAUGGAAAGUCAUUUACAUUUACAUUUGCCUAUCACACCCAUUUUUUCGUCACUGAUAUCAGUGAAGUGCGGGUAGAAGGACUAGAGACACUGGAUUAUUUGGAUAACUUGAAGAACAGAGAGCGGUUCACAGAACAAGGGGAUGCAAUAAUAUUUGAAUCAGAAGUGGAUAAAGUAUAUCUCAGUACACCAACUAAAAUUGCCAUCCUAGACCAUGAAAGGAAGCGAACAUUUGUGUUGCGAAAGGAUGGACUUCCAGAUGCUGUCGUGUGGAAUCCCUGGGAUAAGAAAGCAAAGUCAAUGGCUGAUUUCGGUGAUGAUGAGUACAAGCAUAUGCUUUGCGUAAAGGCUGCUUGUGUGGAGAAGCCGAUCACCUUGAAACCUGGUGAAGAAUGGAAAGGAAGGCAGGAGAUUUCAGCUGUUCCUUCCAGUUACUGUAGUGGACAACUCGACCCACGAAGAGUACUAUUUAGUGGUUGAAUACUGGCUUUUCCUUGGGCAUCUCUUGUACAGUUUAAAGACAGCAAUUGGGUUCGCACAGCCAAUUAGGCCUUCUCCAUCCAACUGGCUCCACGGUCGAUUAGCCAACAUUAAUUGCAAAUUUCAUCCAAAGGUAUGGUAAUUUUGCAAAUUCAGGUUCUUUCCAUUAUUUUAUUUUCCAAUUUUUUCUCAUUCCGUUUAGGGUUUAGUUACUAGGAAAUAUUCCUUUAUUUCAUUUUGAAGUGCAUUUUCUUAUUAAUGUAGUAUAAUUUCCCUGAGAAUUGUGCAAGCGAUAUAUUAGAGUUUGCCAGUUUGGUAAUAAAGUUCUUUGCUUUUAUUUGUGAGAUUA